AGUCAUGCGGGGGGGGGGGGGGACACAAGAUAAGAGUUGUAACAGGUAGAGUUGUUAUUGCUCUGUUACAGCCGCGUUCAAGGCUGUAGAUUGUAACAUUCAAUGAUCGGAUUGCUAGGUAUAAGGUGCUAGGUUUGUCACAUUCAAGCCGCUAGGAAGCCCACAUUCAAAUGUCUAGGAUUGUCACAUUCAAUGUUUCUAGGAUUGUCACAUUCAAAGGUCUAGGAUUAUCACAUUCAAUGGUCUAGGAUUAUCACAUUCAAUUGUCGAGGAUUGUCACAUUCUAUGUUUCUAGGAUUAUUACAUUCAAAGGUCUAGGAUUAUCACAUUCAAUGGUCACAUUCAAUGGUCUAGGAUUGUCACAUUCUAUGUUUCUAAGAUUAUCACAUUCAAAGGUCUAGGAUUAUCACAUUCAAUGAUCAAGGAUUAUCACAAUGAAUGGCCAACGGGUAUCAUAUUCAGUGGUUUUGGAUUGCCAGACAAAAGGCGCUAGUAUUGCCAACAAACUCAAUCCUCUAAAGUUGUACCAUUUUUAUUGUUAUAAAAUUAACAUUUUCAAAGUUUUAGGAUUCCCUCAUUGUUUCACGCAAGCCUAGAUGUAAGACAUGUAAAUUAAAAAUUAACCGAUGGAAGCAAUCAAUCUCAAUAUAAAGCUCGGAGAUAACAUUUCGACUGCAUGUAGCUACACGAAAAUCAGGACAGGCGUCUGCCACAAUAAACGCUACACGUCGUCAUAGAGAGGACUGUGUUACAAGUUCACCAGCUGACCUUAUUGUGUUGACCUGAGUUUUACACAGGUGACCAACUUCUAGCAGACGACUUCAGUGACUAGCAACAUGGCCGAGUUAAAGAAAGUCAACACCUACAACAACGACAUCAACACCUACAACAACGACAUCAAACUGACGGAAGUUGACCUCAACGGCAAGGUACACCAGGCACACGACAACAAGGGAUUUCAGGACGAGGCUGAUGCACCAAACGGUCUGCCCGUUUUGGUCAAUGACUACGAUGGAUCUCAAACCAACCCAGAUGAGGACCCCGGGUGUUUUUCACGGGCAGUCAACAGAAUUCAGACGGCUGGGUCCAGAUUCUUUAAGACCAAUCGUCACGUGAUCAAAGCUGUGGUCUUGUUGGUGUUGCUGGCUGCCUACUUCUCAUAUUUUGCUUACGCCAUGUACUACAGGUUCGGUGAUGAAGGAUCGUGGAGACUUCUGAUUGUUACAAUUCUUUGUGCACUGGGCAUCGUGUUCAAGACGUUUCUCAAGUACAGAAGAUCUGAUGACAAUGGCAAUGACAGCCGGUGGAAACUCUCCAAGCUGAGAAAGUUCCUGGGGAAACUCAAACUGCCUAUCGUGAUCCCUAUCGUGGCUAUUGUCGCCAUAUUGAUCUACGUGAUCAUCGACGUGGCACUUGACCGGCCCAGAAACAUGAUCAGUGCUGGCGGGAUCGUCUUUUUCCUCGGCUUCUGUUUUGUUUUCUCUAAUAACCCGGCUAAGGUCAAGUGGAGGCCAGUGUUGUGGGGUCUGGCCCUACAGCUGAUAUUUGCCCUGCUCAUCCUAAAGACGACCUGGGGUCACGACGCCUUCCAGUGGCUGGGGGACAGAGUCUCGGACUUCUUGGCCUACACUGACGCUGGCUCCAUCUUUGUCUUUGGUGACCUUUACGAGCAGCAUUAUUUCGCUUUCAAAGUGCUGCCAGUGGUGGUUUACUUCAGCACGUUUGUCGCCAUGUUGUAUUACCUAGGCGUCAUGCAGGUCGCCAUUAGAGUCAUCGGUCAGUUCCUGGCCCUCUGUCUGGGCACAUCACCUUCAGAGUCCAUCAACGCUGCUGGAAAUAUUUUCCUUGGGCAGACUGAGGCUCCGCUGAUGAUCCGACCAUUCCUGAAGGAUAUGACAAAGUCAGAAAUACACGCAGUCAUGACUGGCGGGUUUGCUACAAUAGCUGGCGCGGUUAUGGCUGCUUACAUUCUCUAUAAGGUCCCGGCCAACCAUUUGUUGUCCGCCUCUGUCAUGUCUGCCCCUGCCGCCCUGGCCAUCUCAAAACUCUUCUACCCCGAGACUGAGAAGUCCAAGCACAGUGCAAAGGAUGUUUACGAGAUCCCUCGGGGGACAGAACAAAAUUUGAUUGAAGCAGCUUCCAACGGAGCAUCCAUGUCCGUUAAGUUGAUAGCAAACAUCGCGGUCAACUUGAUCGCCUUUGUGGCCUUGUUGCAUUUUGUGAACGCGACUUUUGUGUGGUUCGGUGACCGAGUUGGUGUGGAAAAUCUAACUUUUCAGUUUAUUUGCUCCUAUGUGUUCUGGCCCCUGUCUUUCAUCAUGGGGGUAGACCAAGAUGACUGCAGAGCAUUCGGUGAACUAAUUGGAACAAAGAUAUUCCUGAAUGAAUUUGUGGCGUACGUGGACCUGUCUAAAUAUAUCAACAAUCAGAUCACGUUUGAUGAGUACUGGUCAAACUUCACAUCCAACAGUACAGCCAAUCUGACAGGUGUGUGGACCUACAUAGGUGAUGAUAUUUACCUGAAUGACACACAGGCGACAUUACCACACGGACUUAUCUCCAGAAGAUCUGUUGUGAUAGCGACUUAUGCCCUGUGUGGAUUUUCAAAUCUAUCAUCAAUGGGCAUACAACUUGGGGCAUUAGGUGCCAUGGCACCAGAGAGAAAGGGAGAUCUUUCAAAAAUUGUGUUCCGUGCCAUGUUAGCAGGAAAUGUUGCCUGUUUUUUAACGGCUUGCAUCGCAGGAUUGUUUCAAACCUCUUGAAGAUCAAACUACAUUUUUCUACUCAACACUUGUGCCUUAUUUUUCUCAAGUUGAAACUUUCUGAAUACACCAUCCUAUGAUUUUAUUGUAGCAUUAGAAAUACACCAUCCUAUGAUUUUAUUGUAGCAUUAGAAAUACACCAUCGUAUGAUUGUAUUGUAGCAUUCCCAAUACACCAUCAUGAUUGUAUUUUAGCAUUAGAAAUAAACCAUCAUGAUUGUAUUGUAGCAUUCCAAAUACACUAUCAUGAUUGUAUUGUAGCAUUGAAAAUACACCAUCAUAUGAUUUUAUUGUAGCAUUCCAAAUACACCAUCAUGGUUGUAUUUUAGCAUUAGAAAUAAACCAUCAUGAUUGUAUUGUAGCAUUCCAAAUACACUAUCAUAUGAUUGUAUUGUAGCAUUGAAAAUACACCAUCAUUUGAUUUUAUUGUAGCAUUCCAAAUACACCAUCAUGUGUUAACAUCACCAUAUACAUCACUCAGUAUGUGAUUUUAUUGUAACAUCCCAUAUGCAUUAUUUUGAUAUAAUAUUAUCAUUGCAUUAUAAAUGCACCGUGCUAUCAUCCCCAUAUUCAUCAUGUGAUUUUAUUGUAAGAUUAUAAAUACACCAUUCUAAAGGUUGUUUUAUUGCAUCAUCCCAAAAUCAUCAUUGCACAAGUGUAACUAACUCUCUGAAUGCCAAUUUGAAUAACAGUAGACUAAGGAAUUACCUGAUGCAAGUUCUAUCCAUUGUCAGAUGGCUGGUGGGCCAAGCUGGAUAUUUUCCCAUCAAGAAAACCCUUUGUGUAUCUGUUUUUAAUUUCAAUCAGUAGAUAAUUCUUGUUGUCUUGUGGGAUAUUCCUAUGGAACAGUAACCAUAACGGCAGUGGGUUUCUAUGAUAAAUUCCUAUGGAACAGUAACCAUAACGGCAGUGGGAUUUCUAAGGGAUAUUCAGCUCUUCCUUCUUUCCAAACUUGAUCUUUAAAUGUUCAAAAACUUCAGAGGCAUUUUACCAUCAACAUAAUGUUCUGAGAACUAACUAGUAGGUAUAGCUGUACAUACCUCAAGUUUUCUUCUGGUUUUUACAAAGUACACUGAUUUAUACGGUUUGAGUCAAACAUAACUGACAAUAUACAGCCUGAUCAACAAUAAUCACUGCCCAUUAACAAUAAUCACUGCCCGU